GUCUCUUGUAGAUAAAAGUGUUUACAUCAGUUAAGUAAUACAGCUAUGAGCCUUAGCUAGCAUACUCCUUCUGUAACCAGUAGUCAGCUGUGAAAGUGACUGGCUGCUGAAAGCGAUACAUGGGGAGUGGUUGAUCACAAGACUGAUAAAGAGUAGUUAUAUGGAAACAAAGAAAGCAGUCCCUUCUAUUUAUUAGUCUAAAAUAAAAAAAACUUUGCGAAGAGUACGUUGAUCCAUAUCAAGAGAAGCCAGAGAAGAAUCAUAACGUUCAAUAGUGUUCCAGAACCAUGGACAGGAGCUAUGCAAUGGCCAAAUUUGGACUGGAGUCCAAAGAUAUCCUUAGGUCUACUCAGAAAGACUGUUGGUACUACUGCAAAUAUUUUUUCCUCUUCACCUCUAUCAUCCAGUUUCUCAUCAUCCUUAGCCUAAUACUCUUCAUGCUUUAUGGCAAUAUGCACACUGCCACUGACGAACGUUUACAGACCGUAGAGCAGCUCAACCAGGUGCUCCUGUUGAAGAACCAGAACUUGAAUGCAAACUACAGCAAAGUACAAACUCAGAUAAACAAUACAGAAAAGGAGAAGAACGCUUGCAAUGCCUUGUUACAAGGAAAAAAGCAAGAGGUGGACACCAUGAACAAGACUUUGCAGAUUCAGAUGGUCAAAAUGACUCAACUGACAGCGGCACUUGCACAUGCACAGGCAGUUGGGAUCCCAUGUAAAACCUGCAUUGAGAGGUUGAACAUUUUAAAUAUCUCCUGCUAUGCUGAGAGACUCACUAUGCGUGAAGAGAAGAAUAUCAUUGAUUUUGAGUACAAAAACUACAAAGAGAACUGCACCAAGACUAUUAGCAUUGUGACUGAAAGGGAACAGCAGGCUCACUCAGAGAGAGAGAAAUAUCGUUUGGAUAAGAUAGAUGUUAGAAACAAGAUGCUCGAUGCACAGGAAGAGCUGUUAAAAUUCAGAAGUUCUUGUGCAUCAUUUGAAGACAAGUUUAACAGAGAGAUCCAGCGCAUGAAAGAUAAUUAUGACGCAACAAUUAGCAAAUAUACAUCCAGCUUUAGUGAUAGGGAUCAAAGAACCUUACAAAACUGUAAUCCAUUUACUAGUGAAAUUCAACAUAAGAUAGAGACAGCUCUGAUCAAUCUCAGACAGGAUAUCAUUAGUACCACCAAGGAGAACACCUAUUUGAAGGUAAGCAAAGAUCGUGCUGAAGAGAACAAGAAACAGUGCGAUCAAGAGAAGACAACAAUCUUGGGAGAAAAGAAGUCAGCGCUAGAUAAUAUGCAGCGUAAUUGGGAUACAGAGAUAAAGAAAGCUUAUGAGGAAAAGGACUUUCUCAGAAAGGAGAAGGAUGAGACCAGCAAACAGCUGAAAGAAAAAACAGACUCUCUCACCACUAUAAAAACCCAACUGGAGAGCAAGAUGAGGGAACUGCAGCACUGCCUGAAAAUGAUUCCAAGUUCGAAUAUGGUACCUCCGCUCACAAAUCCAUUUGGUUAACACAAACAGCACAGCCAUGUGGUGUUUAAUAAAAGAUUAUCAACUUAGAAAAGAAGACGAGUAUUGAACUUUCAGAUGUAAAUUGAUUUUUUGCAGACGAAGAAAUUGACCAGUAUAAUUAAUCCUAUCUCUGACAUCAAUGGUCACUAAGCUACGUGCUGACAUUUCAUGCAAGCCCAAGACCCAUUGUAUUUUUUUUACUUGCAUUCCCAUAAUUUAUCACACUUGCAAGGUAGAAAAAUGCUGUUUUGGUUUGGAAUCAAAGCCCUGUUACUCUUGAGUUACUUCAUUCUGUACUUAACGAAGAUAAGUGAAGAGAGAAGAGUCUAUGCCUAAAUACAAGAGGCUGUGCCUGUACAAACUAACUAGUUAUUAUUUAUUAUUUACAAAGUGUUAUCAAAUGUAAGGAACCCCUGUAAGAUACAUCCACCCAUAGUCAGCUAACUGAAAAGUAAACUAUUUAAUCAUAAUAUUAUAUAUAGGAACUUGCCCCUUGAGUAUUAAUCAUCAUUCGAGUCUAUGAAUAGUAGUUAUAGAAAUGCACAUGAAAGGGUUAAUAAAUGCAGAAAUGUGCAAUAUUUUUUCUUAUAAGUUCUAUAAGUCAAACUAUAAUAAAAAGUUCAGUUAUGCUAUUUAACUUGUCAGGAUUGAAAACAUUGCUAUUGUUUGUUCAGAAAAAUCAUAUGCUAACCACUUUCCUGACUGCAUUUUUACCUUAGUCACUUCCUGUAAGCGCAGAGCCAUUUCCCACAUCCCUAUCCUCUCGCUUUGCUAAUUAAUAAGGCGUUCAUUUCAGGAAAGUCCUUGUGUUUUCUUUGUGUACCAAUAGCUUUUUUUCCUUGGCACGCCAAAUAAACACACAUAUAGUUUUCAUUUUGUAAAUAUUGCUGUUCUGCUCCGGAUACAAGAAUAAAUGUUUCAUGAGUAUAAA